CUCCUCUCCUCCCCUCCCCUCCCAACCACGAGGGAUUGCGAGAGCGAGAGCUCGGACCACCCCCACAGCUGUAGCAGCAGUAGGUGGCUGGCUGGCUCCCCUGCUUCUCCUCUCCUCUCUGGUCUGCUCCGCCAGCCAUUGCUGUAGGCUGUAGCUACCUGCCUCCCUCGUUGCCGGGUGGCGGGAGGAAUCUCCGGGUUGCUGUCUCGGACGAAUUCUUGGUUUUGAAUCGUUCUCGUUUUGUGAGGGGGGAUUUGGUGGGCUGCUGCUCCAGAUGCUUCCCACCAGCAGGAGCAGGCCCCAGCAGAGGCCUGCCACUGCCAGAUCUUGGUCAUUCAUCUCAGACAUGGAUUUCUCUGAUCCGAAGCGCAAGCCGCGGUACCUCAGCAAGAUACUCAUGGUGGCACUGCUCACAGCCAUGUGCGUCGUCAUGCUCACCCAGCCGCCCUGCCAUAGGAGAGCUCCCAGUGUGUUCUCCGUCCAUGAACCCGGGAUCACUCAUGUCCUGGUGACCGGUGGCGCUGGCUAUAUCGGUUCGCACGCCGCGCUUCGGCUGCUGAAAGAUUCAUUCAGAGUCACCAUAGUGGAUAAUCUUUCAAGAGGAAAUAUGGGGGCAAUCAAGGUUCUUCAGAACUUGUUUCCAGAGCCUGGGCGGUUGCAGUUCAUAUAUGCUGAUUUAGGCGACCCGAAAGUUGUUAAUAGAAUAUUUGCAGAAAAUGCAUUUGAUGCUGUCAUGCAUUUUGCUGCUGUUGCUUAUGUUGGUGAGAGCACACUUGAGCCUCUGAGGUACUAUCAUAACAUCACCUCAAACACUUUAGUUGUGCUAGAAGCUAUGGCAGCACACAAUGUGAGAACCCUGAUCUACUCUAGCACAUGUGCCACCUAUGGAGAACCUGAGAAGAUGCCUAUCACUGAAGAAACUCCUCAGUUUCCGAUCAAUCCGUAUGGUAAGGCCAAGAAGAUGGCAGAGGACAUCAUUUUGGAUUUUUCCAAGUCCAAGAAGGCAGACAUGGCCGUGAUGAUUCUAAGAUACUUCAAUGUCAUUGGUUCUGACCCCGAAGGAAGGCUUGGUGAGGCUCCGAGACCUGAAUUACGGGAGCAUGGCCGUAUAUCUGGUGCAUGCUUUGAUGCUGCACUGGGGAUAAUUCCUGGUUUGAAGGUUAAAGGUACCGACUAUGAAACACCUGAUGGUACUUGCGUAAGAGAUUACAUCGAUGUCACUGACCUGGUUGACGCCCAUGUGAAGGCGCUCAACAAGGCGGAAAGGGGCAAAGUUGGCAUAUACAAUGUUGGCACCGGAAAAGGUAGGUCAGUGAAAGAGUUUGUAGAAGCUUGCAAGAAGGCAACAGGAGUUGACAUCAAGGUUGACUACUUCCCUCGUCGACCUGGUGACUACGCCGAAGUGUACAGCGAUCCUGCAAGGAUCAACAGCGAGUUGAACUGGACGGCUCAGCACACUGAUCUCCUGGAGAGCCUCAAGGUUGCCUGGACAUGGCAGAAGAAGCACCGGAGCGGGUACGGGCCCCCUCAGGCCAUGGUUUUGUGAAGAAAAUUUACCCUGUAGCAUCUCUUGGCUGAAAACUUAGGUGGAUAUAUUCUUAGGAAUGUUCAUCAUCAAGGGCUCCAAUUGCUCACUCACAGGUGGAAGUUAUAUGUAAUAUAGUAAUUAUGGUCAUUCGUUCGAUUCUUGACAUUCAUAUCAUGGGAGGUUUUUAGAAGAUCCUUGUAAUAUUGUUGAUCUACUCAGUAUACAAUAAAAAUCCGGCGAGCUACCCUCAGAAUUCUUAGCCU